AUGCUCGUUACAAAACACGCUGCAGAGCUUUGUGCUCUCCUAGUCAAUGACCUCCAUGGAGAACUCCCUUCGCGAAUCUUGAAUGCGCUACUGACCAAAGGCCGCUCGACGAUUGCGCAACUGAUCCAAUAUACCUCCCUUACUCCACGAUAUUUGCGAAAUGGCCUAGCUGUCUUAAUCCAGCAAAACCUCCUUUACCACCACACAGAUCCCAAUACCAACGUCACGAGCUACCAAGCAAAUUCCGAUGCCUGCUACAACCUUGUUCGGUCGGGCAAAAUUCUCGAUGUGAUAGAAACACAAUACGGCACCGCCGAACGGGAACUUACCCAGACUCUGCUCCAGCUAGGACAUGCGCGAAUCGCAGAUCUUUCCCAGGCUUUUGGCUCUAGAGCACCCAAAAUCAAUGGGCAUGCCAACGGAGACCAUGACUCACACGAUGGACUCAUUGAAUCAGAAGGCCACUUGAAUUCAGUCCUUGUUCGCCUGAUUCGAUCGGAAAUUAUUGAGACGGUCCGGCCCGAAAGUCUUCGCAACCCUCAAGAUGUGUAUCGUGAGAUUGAAGACGAUGUUACCAAGCCUCGGCCAGGUGAAAAGGCCUCAAAGGGCAAGAGCGAGGCUCAGCGCGAGAUCAUUGAUCGUACCAGGACCUUCAGGGACCAAUCCAAGACACUUAAGCGUCAACUUGAUAUGAGCGGGGGGGCAAAACCUAAAAAACGGAAACUUACCAAUGGCUCAUCACAAAACGGACAUGACUAUGACGCUCCAAAGUUGAACCCUAACGUAGUAGUAAGAGUCAACUACGAGAGAUGCCUGGUCGAGCUACGGAACCAGCGACUCACUGAAUUUGCGGCAGAAAUGCUUGGAGCGGUCACGGGCGAGGUGUAUCGCACAGUACUGGAUCUUUUGACGUCAGAUUUCCCGAGGUGUCGGCCAGAUCCUUUACUCGACGAAGUAGCGGCUGGGCAACAACCGACUGUUACGACCAUCGACAUCUUUGAACAUCUGGACGAAGACGUGAACGUGCAGGCCGGGAUCGGCAAGACUCCAAGGGACAAAAUUGACUCGCAAAGCGCUGAGAGGAUCAGAGAGACUGUACCGGAAUCGGAUGAUGACUCAGACGACUCAGAUGCCGGUCCUCCAGGCAGAAAAAAGAAUUUUGACGUCGAUGAGGAAGAUGACGAGUGGGCUGAUGAUGACGAAGAGCACGGCGCGACCAAUGGACAAGAAAACAAAGUCAGAUUUGAAGAUGCUACAAACGGGAACGAUAGUCGGAUUUCGCAGAUGCGUCGCCAUCUUCUUCUUUUGGCGGAAAGCAAAUACCCGUUCAUACGACAUUGCGGAAUGUAUGGCCGUGGGCAAUGGACUGUGGACUUUGAUCGCCUGUUGGGAAAGCUGCGAGAGACAGAGCUCGAUGCAAUCAUUGAACAGUCGCAUGGUCGACAUGGUCUUCGCUUGACUCGUAUCCUCCGAGAGAAGGGCAAGCUCGACGAGAAGAUGCUCCCGGCCGCCGCCCUCAUGAAAAAGGGCGAUGUACAGGGUAAAAUGCUCGCGAUGCAGAUGGCUGGUAUAGUCGAUGUGCAAGAAGUCCCCAAGGAUAGCAGUCGGCUUGCCAACCGCACCUUGUUCUUCUGGUACUUUGACAAAGAGCGCGCCCAAACACAGGCGCUGGACGAUAUUUACAAGGCCAUGCUCCGAUGCUUGCAGACACUCGAAGUUGAGCGUCAUAAGGAGCGCAACAUUCUCUCAUUUGUGGAGAGAAAGGACGUGCAGGGCAAGGAAGAGGAAGUGAUGACAGCGGAACACUACAACAAGUACAACACACAUCUGGAGGUUCAGAAUAAGCUCCUGGGGCAAUUAAUGCGGUUAGAUGAGCUGGUGUCUGUACUUCGCGACUACUGA